CCAAGCAAAAAAAUACUCUACCUAUAAAUCUGGAAUAAUACAAAUACAAAGAAAGUCCAUAUUAACAUCAACACAAUGUCAUCGACUUCCUACUUAGAACUUUCGUCUUUCGCAAAGGUACCGACGCCGAGCCGUUUCCUGGGGUAUCCCUUAGCGCGGCGCUACGCCCCACCCCACUUCAACCAUUGCUAGUUAAGAGGUUACAUAUUUAAACAAGUUCCAUUUACAAGCGGUCCGUAGCGAGAAUUUUCCGUUACACGCACGUACGGACGUACGAACAUACGAACAGUGAUAGCAUGCUGUAGUGUUAUUUUAUUAUUGUUAAUGAGCUUUCCUUGUGCUGUGCUUUGAAGUGUCACAAAUGGAAAACUUAAAGUUGUACAAGUAUUUCGUGAUUUGUAAAUAAGAUCACAAAAAUGGCCGGCAAGAUCACCGCUGCUAUCGUCCUCUUCGUCGCCGCCGCCUUCCUCGCGAACUUUGGACAUGUCGCCUGCAACCCUGCCAUUGCUACCGGCUACGAACCUAUGGAGAUUUGCAUCGAGAACUGCGCGCAGUGCAAGAAGAUGCUCGGGGCGUGGUUCGAAGGUCCCCUCUGCGCAGAAUCCUGCAUCAAGUUCAAGGGAAAGCUGAUCCCUGAAUGCGAAGACUUUGCCUCCAUCUCGCCUUUCCUUAACAAGCUUUAAGAAGGAUAUAUCAAAUUCUAAGAGCCACGUUUAGUUUUAGACUUGUUUAGCUGAUUUGGAUCUUGUGUCUUUGAUAGCAAGGUUCAAAUUUGAGAUUUUAUAGUUGCAGUAUAGGCCGCACAGUAUCAUCAAUAUCUUUCCAUUGUUUUAAAUUCCUGACAAAUCCACUUAAUGAUAUCAGGAUACAUUUCUCAACAUUUUAACUCUAUUCGUGGCUCAAAUUUGUACUUGAAUAUUCUAACAUUCCAACCGACGACAUGCCAAAGUAUUUGAUACUCUAUGUAAUUAGUUUUAAGAUGAAAUUCGUUUGUAAGUAUUAUACUCGUAUGUUAUUACAGGGAUUAUUAUUUAAGAACGUAAAGAAAAAUAAAUGAAUGCGAUUGCA